UUUCGGAACUUGGCGCUUGAGAUAGAUGAUCUUGGAAGAGCGUCCUUUCCGUUCAGUUCAAUCAUAUAAAUAUCGAUAUUCGCGAAUUCAUUGGCAAUCUAGACUUUGUCGGGCUCCGGUUCACUUCACCCAAACAAAUCAGAAUCUCUACCAAAAUGAAAUCAUUCAUUCUGGGACUGGCAGUAGUUGCUUUGGCAUCAGCGGACGUAUCGCAUUUAGACACUGUUCGGGAUGCCGAUGGAUAUCACUACAAGCAACCCUCGCCCGGUAGUGGAGGUUUCACUGAUGGUUUCGGCCAGCUAGGCGCCGGACGCCCACAACAACAAUACCUACCGCCAACAAAUCAAAUUUCGCCAGCGCAACCAGGCAGUCAAUACACUGCCCCAGGUCAACAAUUCCCAGGACAAGGACCAAACGGACAGCCUUCUUUCGGAGCCAGGCCUCAAGGACCGGGAUUCCGAGGUUCUCCUCAGCCAUCUCAACUCUACAACGCUCCUAAUCAACCACAUGGCAGUGGACCUGCUUCAUCUCCACAGUUCGGAUCUGGACAAUCUCCGCAGUUUGGAGCUGGCCCAUCACCACAAUUCCCUGGACAAGGACCAAGUGGUAAUGCUCCCCAACAACAAUACCUUCCACCCGGUGGUGAUUUGACUGGACCAGCUCCCGGGGGUCACGGGCCUGCUCCAGGAAGUCACGGACCAGCUCCAGGAAGUCAAGGACCAGCUCCAGGAGGUCACGGACCCGCGGGUCAUGGACCAGGCCCACUGGGCCAAGGGCCAAGUGGUGAAAAUCCCCAACAACAGUACCCUUCACCUGUUGGAGGACCAACCGGACGCGCUCCAGGAGGCCCUGGUUCAUUUGGCCCAUCCGGUAGCUCUCCAUUCCAAUCAUCUGGCUCAUUGGCCGGUGGCCGACAUCCAAAUCCACAAAACCAAUACAUUCCACCAGCAAUCAGUAAUGAUGUUGAACCUGCGCAUACGUUAAGUGAGGAUGGAUACAGAUACAAGAAUCCCAACUUACAAUGAGAGUGUUCCGUUAAACUCGGGCUAAACGGUAGAUUAUGUAAAUUCCUUUUACUGCAUAAUGUGGAUAAAUAAUAAAAAUGGAGACAUUUAAUGAACAGUUCUGAAAUUAAAA